UCUCCUUUUCAAGAGGGGCCUUGGUAACGCAUGGCUGUGCGCGUGACAUGCGAAUACGCUGCCCGCGCGCCAUGCUAUGGAGGCAAUCUGCGGCGGACGCACACUGUGGACAGAAUGCAGGCGUCAACUCUCAUCCAAGCGUGCCUGCUGGUAAUAUUUGCACUUCUGCUAUGUGUUCUCGAGCCUACUUCAUCGUGCAACACCAAGUUGCCACCUCCAGGACCCCGUUUAUUGCAAGCAAAGGUGCUUUUUGGUGACGCAAUGCGCGUGUGUGAAAAGGAAAUAGUGGAAUACGCAAAAAAUAUACCACCUCACAUGCUUCACAAGAUUAUACCCAUUUCAUGCGCUGUCUACAACGAAUGCAAAUGGAUAUCUCAAGACAAGGACCUUAAACCGAUUAUAGACUGCUGCAUAUCAGCAUACCAAAACAAGAGCGCCCCAUUUUACACCAGAUUGAACUUGUCAGAAGCGUACGCACAAGCUGCAGAAAAAUCCUUGGUGUGCAUACUCAAAGCUACCCAAGAUCGCCGUGUUGGUUUACAGACCCUUGACGACGGCAUCGCAUUUGCACGAAUAACAGCCCUAGCGUAUGGAUGGACCUGAGUUAAGAAUAUUCGCAGAGAAGAUUCGGCAUCAACAUAGCCAAUUUGCUAGAUUGCUGUUAUACACCAAUCUACUCCGCAAGCUUUAUUAUUGUGAAGUGCCCGUGGGAGUAGUCAUCUCUGGUACUUAAUUCUUUUUCAAUAAAAUAUACUGUUCAGUGCUUCUAAAGCCUGCCACUGA